UCCCCCUCCAGCUCUCGUCCGGGCCGUCCUCCGAAGCGUUGCUCUGGUGCAGGGAUCCAGGAAAGCCCCAGGCUGCUGCACCCGGGCCUCCCCGGCCUGCUGUCCCCCAACCUGCUGUCGCACACGGGUCUGACAGCAGCAGCCAUGGCUGAGCUGCAGAAGCUGCAGAAGAUGAAGAUGAUGAUGAGUCUCCAGAACGGCAACGAGUCGGACAACGAUGAUUUACACUCCAACACAGGAGGGAGUGAGUGUUCUUGGGAUAAGGAGCGUCUGACCAGCCCCCCUACUGGAGUCCACGGCGGAGGACCAGGAGGAGGAGGGCCACCAGUAGGAGGAGGAGCUGGGGGAGGAGGUGCAGCAGGAGGAGGUGGAGGAGGAGGGAGGGGGCAGAGCAUGGGAGCUGUCAAUCAACAGCAACUCCAGCAGCAACAACAGCUAUUGGCUAACAGGUUGGACCUGCCCUUCAUGAUGAUGCCCCACCCUCUGCUGCCCAUGGGACUGCCUCCUGCCUCUGUAGCCAUGGCAAUGUCGCAGAUGAACCAUCUCAACACCAUCGCCAACAUGGCCGCUGCAGCCCAGCAGAUACACACUCAUGUACAUCGCGCACCUGUCAUCAAGGAGAGGGUGUGUGACAGUCCUUCUCUCUCUCCAUCUGUGGACGAGACUAACACUCCUCUGCAGUCGCAGCCCAGCAGCUCAGCCUCCAGCUCGCCCGAAAGACUAGGAUUGGUGUCAGCAGAUGCAGAUGUUGCGCUGCCCAACCCUGCUGCGCCCAUCAAGAAAAUAACAAAGGACAAAGAAGAGUCUUCACUUGGACACACCCUGCCCCCUGGAUUCCCCGCCCCGUUCCUAUUCGCCGACGGCCUGUCGUCUGUGGAGACUCUGCUCACGAACAUACAGGGCUUGUUGAAGGUGGCGGUGGAGAACGCUCGGGUGCAGGACAAACAGAUCCAGGCAGAGAAGAGGGAGCUGAAGAUGGAGCUCUACAGAGAACGAGAGAUGAGGGAGAGUCUGGAACGACAGCUCACCUCCGAACUACAGAGCAGAGCCUCGAUCCAGAAGCGUCUGAAGAAGGAGAAAAAGGCCAAGAGGAAGCUGCAGGAGGCGCUGGAGUUCGAGUCGAAGAGAAGGGAGCGAGUGGAGGACGCUCUGAAGCACUCGUCUUCGUCCUCCCCCUCUCCGGAGCCGCUGCACGUCGCCAACAACAACAACACCAAGAACGACGCUGCUGUAGCCGAGGAUAAACCUGAACUUAAUGGAAACCAGCAAGACAACGGUGCUGUACAAGAAUCCCGGCCGUUUCUCAAGACCCCCAUGAUGUUCUAGGAACACAAAAGACUCCCAACUUCACAAACCCCGCCCCUUCCUUAACGUGUUCCCGCCCCCUCCUGCACAGAAGAACUCCACCAGCCCGGUUUCUACGGCAGCCCGGAUCCCCACCGCAACGACCUCCCCCGGCGGGAUUCUAUCUUUGCAAACUUUUAAAUGUUGCUCCGAUAAACAGUGAGACCACACAGACAUGCAAAACCCCCAAUUUUGGACUUACAUGGGGGAGGUGUGUCUACUUCUUUCUUCUUCUUCAUCUUUUUGGAAAAACUUAAAACCAUUCAUUCCCAUUUUUCUCCCUGCAUCAGGACUUUCAUCCAUUGAUUGGUACGAAAACUGACAAAUACGCAUUAUUCCCGAGCAAAAGCAGGGACAAGAGGAUCAUUAUGAAGGAAAUGAACUGGACUUGAUUUGGACAGACAAAGUCAAGAGUCAGCUUGGUGGAAACGCUUGGGUCGAAUAACUGGUUCUUUUAAAUGGGAAAUAUUUGAUCCACAGGACCAAACAACUGUUUCUGAAGGUGGAGAAAAGACAAUAACGGUUUAAUGAAAACACUAAAGGUUCUUCUUUACGCUCUAAAAGAAAAUUGACGUUUUGUGACCCAUCUCUGGAUUUGACGCAACAUCAGUGAACUAAAUUGGCUCACUGUAACCCUCCUCUGAUUGGACGAUAAUCAGCCUUUCCGAGGAGCUCGGGCCUCGAAGAAGAGCAUUUUCUGAAAAAAAAAGAAGUGGAAGAAAACAUCGAUGGGGGGGG